GAAAAGUUGCAGGAGCAGAAAAGAAAGUAUAGUUUAAUCAUUGUAGUAAUCCAGAAAGGUCAAAUACAGGAGCUAAAAUGGCAAUCCACGAAGGCAAAGAGCACCAUAACCACCACAACGACAGCAGCCACCAGCCGGGGACCCAUGAACAAAAGAGAGUACGUAUACAGAACAGAUAUGGUGAGAAGCUUGUGGGGAUAUUGCAUGAAACGGGGUCGAAGGAGGUUGUGAUUAUCUGUCAUGGAUUUAGAUCUUCAAAGGAUCGCAUUCCCAUGGUGAAUCUAGCUGCUGCUUUUGAAAAAGAAGGAAUUAGUGCCUUCCGCUUUGAUUUUGCUGGGAAUGGAGAAAGUGAAGGAUCAUUUCAGUAUGGUAACUAUCGUAGAGAAGCAGAUGACUUGCGUGCAGUGGUUCAACACUUCCAGGAAGAGAAACGUUUUGUAGCUGCACUUGUCGGGCAUAGUAAAGGAGGAAAUGCUGUGCUGUUGUAUGCUUCAAGGGAUAAUGACAUACAAAUUAUUGUCAAUAUCGCUGGCCGCUUCAAUCUUGAGCGAGGAAUUGAAGGUCGCUUGGGUAAAGACUUUCUGGAGAAAAUUGAGCAGAAUGGAUUUAUUGACAUCAAGAACAGAAGGGGAAAGACCAAGUAUCGUGUAUCUAAGGAAAGUUUGAUGGACCGUCUAGCAACUGAUACUCGUGCAGCUUGCCAAAAGAUCAACAGAAACUGCAGGGUGUUGACAGUUCAAGGUUCCAUGGAUGAACUUGUUCCUGUCAGUGAUGCCAAGGAGCUUGCAAAGCACAUACCUAAUCAUAUACUACACAUUUUUGAAGGCGCAGAUCAUUAUUUCACUUCGCAUCAACAUGAAUUGGCUUCAGUUGUACUGGAUUUUGUAACGAAUGGGCUUACAGAAUGCAGAAGAGUGCAUAGAUUUAUCCAUUCCCGAUUCUGAUACGAGGAUAGUGAUUAUGGUUCUGGACAAAUGGAUUUUAAGAGAAUCCAGUUACAUGUCUGACUCUGUUGCUUCAUACCAACCGUAACAUGGUUCCUGGAUGACAACAUUGAUUCCCCCCUCAUGGAACCAACCAACGGUGAUAGCUGAAGACUACCUCGAUGGAUAAUGAUGCAGUUAGGGUCUUUAAGAACUAGGGAUUAGUACAUGGACUGUAGUUUACUGAAAAACAUGUUACAGCACAAAAUGUCAAAAAAAAAACGCUGUGCAGAAGAUAAAAUAUAUGAACCAUCUCUUUCAUAUGUUGUUUCCUCAAUGAGUCGAAGAUUCAAUUUUAGUAUUCAGUUUUGCUUUA